CGCCAUCUUUUUCGGUUCUUUGAGAUCCGUCGUGUCCAGCUCAGUCCCAACAUGGCCAACCCCAAAGUCUUCUUCGAUGUCACUGCUGACGGCAGUUCGAUCGGACGCGUUGUGAUGGAGCUCCGUGCCGACGUGGUGCCCAAGACUGCGGAGAACUUCCGCGCCCUCUGCACCGGCGACAAGGGCUUCGGCUACAAGGGCUGCACCUUCCACCGCAUCAUCCCUGGCUUCAUGUGUCAGGGCGGUGACUUCACCAACCACAACGGAACCGGUGGAAAGUCCAUCUACGGCAACAAGUUUGCUGAUGAGAACUUCACCCUGAAGCACACCCACGCUGGCAUCCUGUCCAUGGCCAAUGCUGGACCAAACACCAACGGAUCCCAGUUCUUCAUCUGCACAGCGCAAACAUCAUGGCUGGAUGGGAAACACGUGGUUUUCGGCUCCGUGGUCGAGGGGAUGGACGUGGUGAAGAAGAUGGAGUCCUUCGGCAGCCAAAGCGGCAAAACAUCAAAGAAGAUCGCCAUCGCUGACUGCGGGCAGCUCUGAGCUCCAGCACUUACUCCCUCUGCUCGCCCUGUAGCCACACCCCUUAGCCUCCAGCCCCGCCCACCUCCGCCAUUCAACAUUCCUAUUGAUGGAGAGUCAGUUCCCUUGCCCCCCCUCCCCAACCUUUUUUUUUUAUUCCGUUGAAAUUAUGUUGCUGCAUUUGUGACUUUGCCUUUAAAGUUUCUUUUGCAUUAACUUUUUUCCACAAAGUCCUGACGGUUUUUUUGUUAAAGUCAAAUGAAUAAGAGAAUAAAACUGAGACGUUGCCUUGACAAUUGAAA